UCCCGGCUCUCCCCCAGCUAGAUCCUGGAGAACUGCAGCUCGGAGAUGGGUGGUGGUUGUAGGAGUAGUAGCAGACAGCCACAAGUGAUUCUUGUUCGACAAUUGCUCAUCUCCUUAGUCUUGUUCAUACUCGCCUCAGCAGACGCAGAAGAAAACCAAGACAACUGCACGAUAUCAGAAUGCAAGCAUCAUGGCCCUGCCAUCCGAUUCCCCUUCAGGCUAAAAGAAGACCGGCAGCAGAGUCACUGUGGCUAUCCUGGGUUCGAGCUAUCUUGUACUGCAAAUAAAGAAACCAAACUGGAGCUACCAUUUUCGGGUGCCUUCCUUGUAAAAGCCAUAGAUUACAGAUCCCAACUGAUAGAAAYCUAUGACCCUCAGGGCUGUAUCAUCAAACGUCUUCUACACCUCAAUUUCUCUACAUCUCCCUUCCACCAAACACUCUCUUCAGAUGGUAACGAUUAUUAUGACCUCAUUAUCAUAUUGAAUUGCUCAUCAACAGAAUUAAGAGGUAAAGCGCACCGAAUCAAUUGCCUUGAAGUUUCCGGUUACCAAGUUUUUGCUGUUCAUGUUUUGGAUGAUGACUGGCUGAGUGGCUAUAUGCCCCCACCGUCUUGCCAUAAAGUGAGGACCAUCUCAGUUCCAUUUUCGAAUCAUUUUCUGUCUCAUAUCAAUGACCCAGAUUCAAGCCUCUUMUUCGGUUGGAAAUCACCAAAUUGUUCAUACUGCAAUGAAAAGGGCAAGAGAUGUGCUUUCAAGAAUAACACCAGUACUGGAUCUAUUUGGUGUCUUGACAUUCCGACUAAAGGUAUUACGCUGUAAUUUAUUUAUU